CCGCCCCGGGCCCGCCGGCCCCUGAGCCCCGCGGGCCCCGGGAGGACCCGCGCCGCCUGCGCUCGCCUCCGGCUGUCGGGAGCCUCGUCCCGCCCGCCAGAAGGGAUCGCCGUUCCGUAGCGCCUCGCUCGGUUUGGGCAGGCGCCUAACGAUGAACGCCAUCGAUCGAAUUAUCGGCAAGGGGGGCCUGAAGUCGGGCAGCUCCAGAGCUGACAGUGGGCUCGAGAAGGGUAAGAGGGAGGGCGCUGCCCCGCGGAAAGCCAUGGAGGAAGUGGCCACAGGCAAAGGCAAAGUGACGGACCCGGAGAGGAGCGAGCUCCUGCAGAAAAUACUUUCGCUUGAGAAAGAAAAAGAAAAAUGCAGCCAUCUUCUUGGAGAGAAGGACAGAGAAAUCCAAAACCUGAAAGACAAGCUUAGGUCCAAAACCAAGAAUAGUGAAGUGUCCUUACUACAAAAUCAACUAGAGGAAAAAACAAAGGAAGCAGAAAGGAGAGAACAGUUACUUUGUUCUCUAUCAGAAGAAAUUAACAGGUUAAAAUGUAAUUUAUCUGCAGUCAUGGCAAAAUGCUCUGACCUUGAGAAUGGAGCCAGUAGUACUUCUCAGGCAUCCCAGGAAGCGGCAACCAACAGCACUGAAGUUGAAAGACAAUUGAAAGAUGCUCUUGAGAAAAAUCAGCAGUGGCUACUGUAUGACCAGCAACGGGAAGCAUAUGUCAGGGGAUUGCUUGGAAGGAUCUUUGAACUGGAACAGAAGGCAGAAAUAGCUAGCAAGCAAGAAUCUAAAUCAAAUUCAGAAGGUCAUCUGCAAGAGGAAAAGCAAGAAUACUCUGACCAGCUGUUACUAACUGUUAAACGUGAUCCUGACACUGAAAGACACACUAUAAACCAGCUGAGAUCUGACCUUAACAAACUUAAGAAGAUGUAUGAAGAGGCAGAAGGGGAAAUGAUGACUUUAAAUGCCUUAUUGCAGUCGCAACAGCUUGCUGAAAUGAAGACUCAAGAAAAUGAAAAUAAAAUGAAAGAGAAAGCACUAAGACUAAAACAGGAAAAUGAAAAUAUCAAAGAACAGCUCAGAGAAGAAAGAGAAAAGUCUGAAGAUCUUUUAUGUCAGGUGCAACUCCUUCGUAAAUCAUUGCUCAGACAGGAGGCAGAACACACAAGAAUAGCUUUGUUGGAACAACAGAUCCAGACAUGCACCACAGACUUAGAGAAUGGAAAGCUUGAUCGCCAGAACUUGAAGCAUGAGUUAAACCAUGUUCUCAAGGAGCUGCGCAAGGCCAAGGAGAAAAUAACCCGUCUGGAACCCCUGGAACUCCGGGAAUAUGGACAUACAGAAUCACAGGAAGAUUUGCAAGCUGUAUUUGACAAGAAGCUGACCACACAUGACAGAAGUCCUCCCUUGAAACAUUCCAGCUGCCUUGAUGAAAGUUUUCUCGAGUGUCCCAGAUGUAAAGUGCCAUAUCCAACGAGCCAGCAUAGAGAAUUACUAGCACACAUUGACUUCUGUACAGCUUGAACUCCAAAUGGACUUUGCUUCAUACAUGCUGCCAAUAUGCCAGGCAAAAGUAUUUUAAAGCUUUUUUCUUAGUUAUAUAAAUGACUGCUGAUUUUAUAAUUCAGUUCCACAAAAACAGUAUUAACAUUAUAAUUUGGCCUCAGUAUUUUACCUCGUGUUUUUGAAAAACAGCUACUGCAUUUUCUAGUUUCAAACAGAAAUAUUUUUGAAUUGGGAAUAUUUAAAGUAGUAAACUACUGGCUUUAUUUUUUUUUUUUUUUUUUUGCACUAUUAAAUGUAAGAAUAGUAAAAGCACAAUUAUUGUGUCAGACUAUAUUUUAGUUUUGGCAUACCUACUUCUUGGUUGUUGAAUCCUGAUGAUUGUGCUUGUACCUUAACUGACAAGAAUAGCUGCAAAAGAUUUUUGGCCCUCAUAGGUGCACUAUAUAUAUUUAUUUAUACAUAGUGUGUGUAUAUAUGUGUAGUGUGUAUAGUAUAUACAUACAUGUGUUAUAUAUAUGUGGAAUAUAUCAACAUCUUGAUACAUAAAAACUCAGGAGGGCCAUCUUAAAUCUUUGCUACUUAACAUUGAUGCUCAAACCAUCAAUCUUAAGUAGCUGAUUAUCCUGAAUCAUCAUCAGGGGUGACUAAAAUGCUGACCAAGGUUUAACCUCAGAAAAACCAACUUCCUAGCAAACAAAAACUUCCUUGGUGCUGAAGAAAGUUUAUAUUUCAGACCAUGUCAGAGGCCAUAUUUGAAUUUUGCAUAUAGAAUUACGCUGAAUUAAAUUUGUUUUGAUUCUGUAUUUUAGAGGUUAAAGUUGGGAAAUGUCAGUUAUUCAACCUUAGAUUUGACAAAUGUCCCAAAGUGCAUUUUUUAACAAAUUGCUCCGGUAUAUUUGAAGUGUCACUGUAUUUUGGUAUCAAUACAAAACACAAGUUAAUGACAAAUUCUGGCAACAAAUUAGAACCUGGCAAAAAAAAAUCCCUAAUGGAUUUGCAAUUGCAGUGUUAUUUUUCUCUAGCACUUACUGUAGACUUGAAUGUGUUGUGUGCGCUUUGUUCCUUGCAUAUGUAGUGAAGGCCCAACAAGAAGUUAUUUCUGUGGAAAUUACUAAAAUGGGGAAAUUUUACAAAAUACACUAGUUAAGAAUAAAUUUGUGCAUUUUACAAGUUUGUAAAAUGUUUGCUGAGGUCACACAGGUGCCCAAGGAGUCUCUUUCUCUGGCCUGCGGAUUCUGAUUGCUAGCUGGUGUCAGCUUUCUCCAUUGUGCUUUGCUGCAAAACUGUGCUUUUACCCAUAACAUUCACCUUAAUCCCUGAUGGUUAAGUCUUAUUCUUAAAUAUAAAGGUGUUUUCCAAGUUAUUGAAAAUAACUGAUAGUAUCAAGUGAUGUUAUUCUCAAUUAAAUCCAGUGCUCAUGAGACAAUAAAUACUAAAAGGUAUUAUCUUUAUAUCUGAAAUAUUUCUGCCAGAUUUAUUUUAUUAUCCACUUUUCAAUUUCACUGACUGUGUUUUAGGUUUAUAAUCUGCUGGUAACAGAUUUUCUGACCAAAGAUAUGAUAAACUAAUGAGUAAAACAGAAAUUGUGCUUCAGAAUCUCAAAGUUUUGCCAUGAGGGAAAUUGUCUUAAUUUCAUAUAUUUUUAAAAAUCUUUUCAUUCAGGAUGAUAACUAUGCUUUUCAUUACAGCCUAAUAAUUUUAAUCUCUGAUUAAACUACUUUUAAAAGUUUAAGUCUGUCUUUGAACAACACUUUAAUCAGCUAGUAUUCUAUUCUCAGCUGCAUACUCGGCACAGUUUCUGCUAAAGGAAAUCCUUAUCUUUUAUGUAUUAUAAAUUAAUUAGGUUUGCCUAGUACAGGUCAGAACUAUUCAGUAGUUCUGAGGCUUUCUUAAAUUAACAUAAAACACUUCCACAUUAGAAACUGAUACUGUAGACGGAGACUCAGAAAGUUCAUCAUGUUUAAAAAGUUUUGUUAAUUCCACCUUUUCUGAGCUUUAACAAUGGGUUUAGUCCUACCUGAUAAAUUUUAUGCCUAAGCACCAAAAAACACCUUGCUGAUAAAUUUUUACAGGUCAUUAUUGUGGUAUAUGUUGCAAAAUACCAAAAUGACAUUCUAGUGAAGUAAAAUGCUUAUUUUGAAAGCAGACCCACAAAUACUAUUGCCAUCACCUACCUGUAAUUAAAACCAACUAUAAAGCUCCAACUUUAUAAGGUAUGCAAAUUAUAUCACUAUUUUUUUUCUAUUUCUUAGAAGCUAAGAAAUUUCAGAUUUUUUUUUUUUUUCUCAAAGUUAACGAAGGAGAUCUGCUGCUCCUCUCUUUAGUUAUAUGUGGAGAAGUUUGUGCCUAACAUGCUCAUCUCUACUUAUUUAGCUGUAAGUAUAGUUCUUGGUAAGGCAGGAAGCAACAGCAGUGUGUCUUCAUUACUUCAGGAACUUUGGGUUUACAAUUUCAGGAGCCUUUUUCUAUUAUGUCCCUUUCAAGUAAUUGAAUUUCAACCUACCAGAAAGACUGCAUUAUUUGAAACUGUUGAUCUAGAGAAGCUUGGGGGCUAAUAAAAUGGUUUACCAAUAGUAGUAUGUUUUUAAAUCUAGCUUUUACACUGUUCUUUUUAAGCAAAUUAAAUGGUUUUGAUGCAAUGUUGGGUGGCUGGAAAGAAAACUAAAACUCCACAAUUUUUUUUUCCAUAAGAAGAACUGCUUGUGGAAUAAAAUCUGAAAGAU